AUGUCUAGAGCACAAAGCAAGGCCAGCAAGCUUGCAAAUGACUGCGUCCAGCAACUUAUGUCCAAUGAGCAAGCAAUCAAGCAAUGGAAAGAAUGGACAACAGUCCUACCCAAUGUGGGCAAAGCUCCAGUCAGACUUGGUCGACACUUUAAAUUUCUUGCCCUCAUCAAACAACAAGGCGCGCAUUACCUCACCUCACCAGUGACCCGUCCACCAUACUUGUUGCAGCAUUCGCAACUUCACCUUGUGCAGCAAAAGCACAAAGCACAUUUUGAUAAGCUGAGUUGGCUGACAAUCCAAAGAACAGAAAGCGACAUUCUAUCAGAGCAUGAUAAGAUCAUUGAGUAUGUAGGAAACCUUUCCAUCACUGAGGAAGAGCAUAAUACCUUGGUUUGCAUGACUACCUCAGCACAAAGCAAUGUUGCCAAGCUGGCAAACAAUCGCGUUCAACAGCUCAGGUCCAAUGAUCUGGAAGUCAAGCAAUGGAGGGAAUGGACGUCAGUCUUGCCCAAUGUGGGCGAAGCUCUAGUCAGGCUUGGUCGACACUUGAAGUUUUCCAACCUGCCCGCUGAGUUCACCUGGCUUUUUAGCGGCACCCUAAGCAAAGAGAUCCGAGCGGUUCUCAGAAAGCUAUUGGCUGGCUGUGACAAUCUUGAUAGCAACACGGACCUUGAAGCUGCUCGAAACCUGAUCGAAGACAUCGAUUCGUCAGGCGAUCCACUGCAAGACGCACCAAAAGGUUCGAAAGCCAUCAGCGAGGCGGAAGUUUCUGCUGAUUUCGGCGAGCUCAGCACUGGAGACGACGCCGUCGCCGCCGACGGCUUGGCAGUGCUGCGCGCCAAAGCCAUUGCCAGCCGCGCAAGAUUCGUUGCGACUGGGAAAGCGGCAGCCACAAACACGUCCACGGGCCCCACCUCGCCCUCAACGUCGGCGCCCUCAACCGCCACGUCUGGCACCAAGCGCCAAGCAGGCGAGACGCCGCUGCUGGGCUCGGAGGCCUUCGCCAAGCCGAAGGUAACUGCGAGGUCGCUUACGAUCAAAGGCGCAGGUGAGGUUGUGCACACUCCCACGCAGGCUAGCGCGACGGCUUCGGCAGGACACGAUACGCCCAAGCGCGGCACUACGUCUCCUACCAAUGAGUCAGCUUGA